AGGAUUCAUGAAAUACAUAACCAUCAAAACAUUCUGUGGUCCCUCAACUUCACCAGUCAAGCUAGCCAGCACUAACUCCAACGCACUAACAAAAAUUUCUUCACUUGGUUUCCAUGUUUUCGGGUUUUGACCCUUGGAAUGAAUAGACAUUUGGUCUCCAAUCCAUUAAUGAAAUGGAGAAUACAAUGUGCAAGGAUCAUUUGUCAAUAGUAAAGACAACUGAUAUAUCCAACAGAAUCUCCUUAUAGUUAUUACCAACAGACAUUUAAGCUUUCAGAAAUGAUAAUGCAAACGACCAAGUCUCUGCAGAACCAUAUCUUCUGUCAGUUAAGCAGGUGCACCAAUGCAAGAAGUAAGUCACCUGCAUGUACGUCUAGGUACACAGAUAUGAAACAUUACCAUUGCAGUAUUACUACCGGUAGUGGUAACGACAGAAAAAUCACAGGAGGGAUUCUGUCAGACCCAGAGAACAAGGGCGAGAGACAGCAAGGGGUGAACUUUGACACUCUUGGAAGUUGGAACAAUCGCAUCAACAUGCCUCUAGCUGUGGAGAAAAGCAUCAAGAUGGGAAGGAUUAUCCCAGAAAUUCCCUUAGAGCAGGUUGGUAUUGCUACUCAUACUGGCAGAAAACUAGUGAAUGAGGACAGAUAUGUAGUGGAGAGGCUAACACCAGAGAUUCUGUGCUUUGGGAUAUUUGACGGACAUGGUGGAGAGCUGGCAGCGGACUUUGUGUCCACAAACAUUAUACACUUCAUCAGGCACUGGCUGGGACGUACCGAGGAUCUAAACAGGGUGCUGAAACAUGCCUAUAUUGACAUUAAUAACAUGCUGACUCGCCAUAUGAACUUUUAUUGUCUGGACUCACCAUAUUACAACUGUGGUACAACAGCAACUGUGUGCCUUUUACACCAUGGAAUUAAGUUACACAUUGCUCAUGUUGGCGACACCAGGGCUAUAUUGGGUCGGGAGGGACAGGCGGUCAGAUUGACGGAGGAUCACAGUGCUGAUGAUCCCCGGGAGGCUGAGCGAAUCACCAAGAGUGGGGGGAUGGUUAUUGCCAAUAGUCUUGGAGUUCAGCAGGUUGAUGGGAGAUUAUCCAUGACAAGAAGUAUUGGUGACAUUGAGUUGAAGAGUAAAGGAGUGAUUGCCCGACCCUCCCUCAAAACCCUGACGUUAAAACAUGGGCAUGACGGUUUUCUCAUUCUGAGUUCAGACGGAUUAAACUUUGUUCUAAAUGACAAUGAGGUUGUGGACAUAGUGGGCAUUUGUCAGAACCCCCAGGACGCCGCUACCUUCAUCACUGACCAGGCCCUGCAAUUUGGGACAGAAGAUAACACAACGGUCGUAGUCAUUCCGCUCGGUGCUUGGGGUAAAUACAGGAAUACGACACGGCCCAUACCGUACAGCUUUGGGAGAAACCUGGUGGGAGGAAGGUUUGGGUAGAUAUAGGGACCCAGAGCUGCAUUUAAUGCAGGCUAGAUUGAGCUAUGUAACAUCUUGGAUCAGUUUUUGCCUCGAAAGAAAAUGGGACAGAACUAGAUCUACUAUAAAGGAUCUGAUCCCCUACACUAUCAAUUGAAUGAAUGCACUAAGGUCCAUGUUUGGAUGUUUUUAAGUGAUUGUUUGCAUCUAGUCAUAAUAUUUGAACAGGAUAUUCCGAAAGAUGAAAAUUAUUUCAUCUUUUCAAGACUGGAGGAAUUUGAUACGCUUUUUAAUUGUUUUUGUAUCGAUUUAUUUGAAAUUGUAAUAAAAAGGCAACAGAU